CACGGCACUCUCAGUAAUCGUGUGCAAUGUUGCACUCAUUACCCCACCUUGUGAACGCAGCUCUUUUUAGAGUACUAUAAAAGAAAGGGGGUGGAGCAUAGGCAGUUAAUUAGAUUUGAUAAUCUGUUUUUGUUUGAAGCAAUUUUAGAAGCCUUUGGGUGAUUUAGUCUACUGAAAUAAUCCUCCUUAUUUGACCAAAAAGCUAUCAUGGAAACAAAAGAAAUUCAGCGAAAGGAAUGCUGCUGCGGUGGUGACUGUAAAUGUUGCACCUCACAAUGCUGCGAGGGUAACUCUUGCACCUGUGAAAAUGUCUGUCCCUGCUGCAGAUGUUGCCAAGCAUCUAAGCUAGACAGUGAUGAGAUGUGUUUGUGCUGCGAAGAAAAAGGAUGUAAAAACAAAGCCACAUGCGAAAAUGAUUGCAAAUGCAGCGGAAACCAAUCCUGCAAAACCUCUAAAGAUUGCUCUUGUGGAGAUGCCUGUCAAGGCGGCCAAAAGUGUCAUUGCAAAGUUGUUGGCGCAUCUGGAGAUUCUCUUCAAUGCUGUGGCUCAGGCACUUGCAAAUCCAAAAUCGUCUGCGUCUGUGGAGAUUCCUGUCAAUGCUGUGGUGCAAAUACCUGCAAAGUCACGACUGUCUGCGUGUGUGGAAAAUCCCGUCAAUGCUGCAGUGAAAAUACUUGUAAAGCUAAAAUCGACUGCGUCUGUGGAGAUUCUUGUCAAUGCUGUGGUGCGAAUGCUUGUAAAGUCAAAACCGACUGCGUCUGUGGAGAUUCUUGUCAAUGCUGUGGUGCAAAUGCUUGUAAAGCCAAAACCGACUGCGUCUGUGGAGAUUCUUGUCAAUGUUGUGGUGCAAAUACCUGCAAAGCUGAAACCGACUGCGUCUGUGGAGAUUCUUGUCAAUGUUGUGGUGCAAAUACCUGCAAAGCUAAAACCGACUGCGUCUGUGGAGAUUCCUGUCAAUGCUGCGAUGCAAAUGCAUGCAAAGCUAAACCCGACUGCGUCUGUGGAGAUUCCUGUCAAUGUUGCGAUGCAAAUGCAUGCAAAGCUAAAACGGACUGCGUCUGUGGAGAUUCCUGUCAAUGCUGUGUUGCAAAUAAAUGCAUAAUUAAAACGGACUGCGUUUGUGGAGAUUCCUGUCAAUGUUGUGGUGCAAAUGCCUGCAAAGUCACAACUGUCUGCGUGUGUGGAAAAUCCUGUCAAUGCUGCAGUGAAAAUACUUGUAAAGCUAAAAUCGACUGCGUCUGUGGAGAUUCUUGUCAAUGCUGUGGAGCAAAUGCUUGUAAAGCCAAAACCGACUGCGUCUGUGGAGAUUCUUGUCAAUGCUGUGGUGCAAAUACCUGCAAAGCUAAAACCGACUGCGUCUGUGGAGAUUCCUGUCAAUGUUGCGAUGCAAAUGCAUGCAAAGCUAAAACGGAUUGCGUGUGUGGAAAUUCCAGUCAAUGCUGUGGUGCAAAUUCCUGUAAAGUCACAACUGUCUGCGUCUGUGGAAAUUCCUGUCAAUGCUGCAGCGCAAAUACUUGUAAAGCUAAAACCGACUGCGUCUGUGGAGAUUCCUGUCAAUGCUGCAGUUCAAAUGCAUGCAAAGUCAAAACUGCAUGCGUCUGUGGAGAUACAUGUCAAUGCUGUAGGGCAAAUACCUGCAAAAUCGAAACUGCCUGCGUGUGUGGAGAUUCCUGUCAAUGCUGUAGUGCAAAUACCUGCAAAGUCAAAACUGCAUGCGUCUGUGGAGAUACAUGUCAAUGCUGCAGUGCAAAUACAUGCAAAGUCAAAACUGCUUGCGUCUGUGGAGAUACAUGUCAAUGCUGUAGUGCAAAUACCUGCAAAAUCGAAACUGCCUGCGUCUGUGGAAAUUCCUGCCAAUGCUGUGGUGCAAAUACCUGCAAAGUCACAACUGUCUGCGUCUGUGGAGAUUCCUGUCAAUGCUGCGGUGCAAACACCUGCAAAGUCAAAACUGCCUGCGUCUGUGGAGAUACAUGUCAAUGCUGUGAUGCAAAUACUUGCAAUGAUAAAACCGAUUGUGUGUGUGGAGAUUCCUGUCAAUGCUGUAGUGCAAAUACCUGCAAAGUCACAACUGUCUGCGACUGUGGAAAUUCCUGCCAAUGCUGUGGUGCAAAUAUCUGCAAAAUCACAACUGUCUGUGUCUGUAAAAAUUCCUGUCAAUGCUUCGGAGCAAAUGCCUGCAAGGUCACAACUGUCUGUGUCUGUGGAAAUUCCUGUAAAUGCUGCGGUGCAAAUAUCUGCAAGGUCACAACUGUCUGCGCCUGCGGAGAUUCUUGUCAAUGCUCUGGCGAAAGCUCCUGUAAAGCUAAAACUGCCCAUUCCUGUGGAGAUUCCUGUAAAUACAGUGGCAAUAGCUCCUGUAAAGUUAAAACCGCCUGCGCCUGUGGAGAUUCAUGCAAAUGCUGUGAAACAAGCUCCUGCAAAGCUAAUACUGCCUGUGUCUGCGGAGAUUCUUGUCAAUGUUGCGGAACAACAUGCUGCAAAGCUAAAUCUGAGUGCGUCUGUGGAGAUUCGUGCCAAUGCUGUGGUGCAGAUUUCUGCAAAACCAAAACAGACUGUGUGUGUGGUGAUGCCUGUCAGUGCUGCGGUGAAAAUACCUGCAAAGCCAAAACUGACUGCGUCUGUGGAGAUUCUUGUCAAUGUUGUGAGAAAAAUACCUGCAAGGCCAAAAUAACUUGCGUCUGUGGAGAUUCCUGCCAAUGCUGCAAUUUAAGUUCCUGCAAAACUAAAGCUGGCUGUGUGUGUGGUGAUUCAUGUCAAUGUUGUGGAUCAAACAGCUGCAACACAAAAUCCGUCUGCGUCUGCGGAGAUUCAUGCCAAUGCUGCUCCCUAAGCACAUGUAAGACAUUUUGUGCUGAUUCUGACACUGGCUGUGGAAAGACCUGUACCUGCUAAUUUCUCAUUCUUUAAAGUUACAAUUGGAUGCUGUAUCAUAUAUAGAAGCAAAAAAAAAAUUUAUGUUUGAAAUUAAAAGUAUAUAUAUGGCUUUCAUUAUAACGGAAUAUUUUUGGAGUUACGUGAAUAAUAAGAACACUAAGAGCAGAUGUUGCUGCUUUUUAAUUAAGUUAAUUAGGUCUUUAGAAAGCAUAAAAUUAUAAAUUGACACAAUUAAAAUAAAUUUUUAACAAAAAUAAUAUUGCUAACGCGCUUUUUUACUAUAGAUAAUUUUGAAUUUUAAUUUUAUAUAUCUUUGAGAAUAAUAAACACAAAAUCAAUUAUUCGUAUUUAUGAUUUGUGUUGUUUAAAUUUUAUAAUUUAUUCACUUUAUUUAUGUCUAAAUUAAUUUUUCACUUCAUUAGAGAAACUGUGGUUUUCAGACUAGUUUAAUUAUUAUUGAGUUGAUUAUUUCUUUAAUUUAUUUUAGUUUGUCGUGAAUUCUAUAAUGUAAAGUAAUAUUUGUAUGAAUUAAUAAAGUAUGUUUUUUUAUUAAAAAAAAA